AUGACGGAUACUCCGGCACUGGCACAUGGCGUGCAGUCACUUCAGGUGUCGGAUUCGAAACAGCCCGUGUGGGCAGACCCAAAUGAGAAGCUCAUGCGGCUUUUUGGGCCCAACGUCGGGGACCACUUUGAGGAGCAUACGCGCACGUUCCCCGAUACGAGCCAUAUUACCACGGCAGACUUGUCGCAAUGGAUCCAGCGUGAUAGAAAAGCCAAGAGUGUGUCGUCCUUGGAUUUGUACGUGAACAUGCACAAAUCCACGGUAAAGCUCUUGCCGGAGGAGCAAGUACAAGGCGCAAGAGUACUCGAUAAAGAGACUAGCAACUCCUUGUCUCUUAUCAGCGCAUCGCACGCGAUCACAUUUGACUGCGACUGUGUCGCACCGCGGGCUAGGAUUGAGCUGUACGUGCUGAACAGCCGCAUGGUGCAUGGAAUGGCACACGCGCCACCGCCAGCACAGCCACAGCCACAGCCACAGCCACAGCCACCGGGGUGGCGAAUUGCAUCCUUAGAAGUGCAGCAGGGAGUUGCACAGCAUGCAGCGCUGCCGCUCCUCCUGGACGAAGCGUGGAAUUUUUCAGAGGAGGCGCCGCUGGAGCUAGCGCUUUAUAUGGAAGCGCUCGAUGAGGACGGAGAGCGUCUUGGACAGCCGAAUGCUUUGACCAUGAGACUUGCAGCACUGUAUACCUCCGACGCAGAUCCAGCAUGGCGCAUCCAAGUGCUUCGCCGAAACAUUUAUAUUGGCGGUUACGACCUGCUGCUUCAAGACCUGUUUGGUAUUGGGACGUAUAUGGAAAAAAGCACCAAUGAAACGAAUUUGGGCGAGCCAGAAAAGGGGGGAAUGCAGCUGCCGCAGCUGUCGCUCGAUACGGAAGACGAGAAGAAACGGCCCGAGUGUCCUAUUUGCAUGACACUUGCACCCAACACUAUUCUUCUCCCAUGCACUCAUGCAUUGUGCCGAAAAUGUGCCGAGCGUGUGAUUGAAAGCGUGCAGAAAUCGCGGAUACACGAAAUGAACCUUGGACGGGCGCCGCGGAUGCGAUAUGCAUGCCCGAUUUGCCGCGGUGAAAUCCAGACCAUGCUGGCGCUGGCUCGCUAA